AUGUCCUACGACAGGAUAGGUACCCCUUCUCAUCAGAUCAUUCAAGCAGACGAUGAGGAUCUCGAAGCUCUCUCUUUCUCCCAUCCGAAUCCAGUUGGAUCUUCCUCCCAGCCACCUAUAUCUCCUCAACCUCAAGCUGGACCUUCGAAUCCUUCAGGCGUAUCCGGUCGUAUAGGACAAACCUCACAGCCUCGUACAGAGAGAGGAUGGGGUGGGGUGAAGACUGAAACCAGGUAUACGGGUGAAUCAACUCUAGAUGAACCAGUCUCUACAACCAUCAUGAGAGAUCUAAACUCGAUUUAUGCGAAGUUGCUUCAAGUUCUUUAUCCGCCAAAAGGCAGUGGGAAUAAUCAACUACUGAGAGAUUGGGACUUAUGGGGUCCAUUGGUGAUCUGUCUGACUUUAGCUAUCAUCCUCUCCAUCGAUGCACCACAAGAACAAUCCAUGCAGGUCUUCUCCUUGGUUAUAUCUCUGGUGACUAUCGGUUCAGUUGUAGUUACGAUAAAUUCGAAACUGCUAGGUGGGAAAGUAUCGUUCUUUCAAAGUCUCUGUGUACUAGGAUAUGCCCUCGCUCCCAUUCUUUUAGCCUCAAUAAUAUCUCUACUCGUACAUACUCUGUUUGUCAGAAUACCAGUCAGUUUAGGAUGUUGGGCAUGGUCCGUUUGGGCAUCAAUGAAUUUCUUCACGGGUACACGACUUCCUGAAACUCGAACUUUCUUGGCUGUUUAUCCGAUGUGUUUAUUCUUUUUCGUAUUUGCUUGGAUGAUCAUAAUACAAUAG